UCCUUCUGCUCGCCGCAGAUUUCCCGUCAAUUGCAUAGAGGUUUGAGGCACACUUAUCCGGGAUUGUGCUGGAACUUCUGCUCGCGCACCAUGGCCUCAACUCUCACAUUCCUGGCGCGACAUGCGCCCAAGAGACUUUGUGUCUCGAGUUCCAUACCAAACACAGCGGCCCGCCUCGCAGCCCCCAGACUCUUCUCCAAUUCUUCCGCCGCCCGACAGUACGAUGAAUCCGCAUAUCAAGCAACCAGACUCAUUCCAACCGGCCCCGAUUUCCGACCCCAUUCGCCGACCGCAGUUGGCGAGGCAUCCGGCCUGGAAUCCGAUGCUGGCCAUAACCGAAAGAUCCGUCACUAUACAGUCAACUUUGGGCCACAACAUCCCGCCGCCCACGGUGUGUUGCGAUUGAUUUUGGAACUCAAUGGCGAAGAGAUUGUUCGCGCUGACCCGCACGUCGGACUUUUACACCGUGGAACCGAGAAGUUGAUCGAGUAUAAGACAUAUCUGCAAGCCCUUCCAUACUUCGAUCGCCUGGACUACGUUUCCAUGAUGACCAAUGAACAAUGCUACUCGUUAGCUGUGGAGAAAUUGUUAAAUAUCGAGAUCCCGGAGAGAGCAAAGUGGAUUAGAACAUUGUUCGGCGAGAUUACUAGAAUUCUUAACCACCUGAUGUCCGUUUUGUCCCACGCUAUGGACGUUGGCGCUUUAACACCAUUCUUGUGGGGUUUCGAGGAACGAGAAAAAUUGAUGGAAUUUUACGAAAGAGUUUCCGGCGCUCGUCUCCAUGCUGCAUAUGUUCGACCCGGAGGCGUUCAUCAAGAUAUCCCUCUCGGCCUCCUCGACGAUAUCUAUCAAUGGGCUACUCAAUUUGGUGACCGCAUCGACGAAACCGAAGAACUUCUCACAGACAACAGAAUUUGGAAAGCCAGAACCCAAGGGAUCGGUGUCGUCUCAGCCGCAGAUGCCCUCAAUUUCGGCUUCACAGGUGUCAUGUUGCGAGGCUCCGGUGUGCCAUGGGACAUUCGUAAGUCGCAGCCAUAUGACGCCUACGACCAGGUCGAGUUUGAUGUGCCUGUCGGAGUCAAUGGAGAUUGCUACGACCGAUAUCUUUGCCGUAUGGAGGAAUUCCGGCAAUCGCUUCGAAUCAUCCACCAGUGCUUGAACAAAAUGCCAGCCGGCCCAGUUCGAGUGGAAGACUACAAGAUUAACCCACCUCCCCGUGCCGCCAUGAAGGAGAAUAUGGAAGCUUUGAUUCACCACUUCUUGCUCUUUACAAAGGGUUACGCAGUUCCUCCUGGAGAGACAUAUUCUGCCAUUGAAGCUCCCAAGGGUGAAAUGGGUGUGUACAUUGUCAGCGAUGGAAGUGAGAGACCUUAUAGAUGUAAGAUCCGUGCUCCGGGAUUCGCCCAUCUCGGAUGCUUCGAUCAGAUUUCUCGAGGUCAUCUCUUAGCUGACGCCGUCGCUAUUAUUGGUACCAUGGAUCUUGUGUUUGGAGAGGUUGACAGAUAA